GUGCUCGGAAGUCGAUAACGUAAGUACACGCUUUCGCGAACGAGAAAAUAAAAAGAAACAGACGGUGAAAAGUGAACGUAACGAACGAUCGACGAUCUGAUAUCAAAGGAAGCUGCGGCGUCCAGUGUAAGAGACUCGUUGAAAACCGUGACCAGCAGUAAGCGGUACAGCCCGUUCCCACGAGAAAUACCAAGGAAAGAUUUGAAAACGAAACAAGAAAACAUGAUGCCAUCGAUCGAAGUUCUUCAUUCGAUGAGCGGAGGCAUCAUCGAGAGUGGUAUCAAAUACAUUCUCUUCCCUCUGCAUCUUUUACGUUUCUGUAUAUUUGGAACGAGCACGAAACCCAUCGCGUCCGAAAAGCCCGCAGAACCCAGCAGGAAACGCGAUGAAGCAGAAAAAGAAGAGAAGAAAGUAAAGGAGCGUGAAGAAAAGAAGACGCCGAGAGAAGCUACCAGUGUCAAGCCUUCGGAAAAGUCUGGUAGAUCCAAGUCUGAUCGCGAUUUGGUGGAUGAAAGAAAAGACGCAGUAUCAUGUGUGAAAAAUUCGAAAGAAAAGAGAAGCCGUGACAAGGAUGAAUCCGCUGACGAAAUGGUAACUGCCGAAGAAGAUUCCGAUUCCUCUGGUGAACAAUGGAGCACCGCGAAUAACACAUUGGCAAUGAACAUGUCGAUAGAUUACGAUAAUCUCGAUAGAACUAUGUCGCACAGGGCGUCGGAAGAACCUAUGGAUGUAUCAAUGGAGGAACUACAUUAUGACAAGACGCAUAUCCCGCUGAACCUACCGCGGGAUUAUCGAGUGACUGAAAAACAAUUUCAAAAUAACAAAGAGAAUAUAGCUUCGAAGAUGAACGUCGAGGAGCAAGAUAGCAAUUCAUCCGUGGAUGAAGAAAUUUCCCGGAUCUUUCAAAAGCAAUGCACCUCCUCGGAGGACGAGUUUACUUCCUCGUUUGUUAAAUCGUCCUCUUUCAAACGCGAGAAAACGAUGCAGAAUAAUUUUCUUUAUUACAAGACCAAUUCCACGGUUGCGAUUCAUUCGAAGAAAAAGCCAGAGGGUAACGCGAAGGAGUAUAAGAAGAAACAACCGUCGGAUUUUAGCAUUAAUAGUAAAAGAAGGAAAGUGUCUCACGAGGAAGAUAAAAAUGAGAGAGAAAGCGAACGCAGGAGUGGAAAUAAAGUUCGUGAAGAAAAACGAAGUUCUCGGCACGACACUCCGAGUAAACAUGAAUCGCGAGCUUCGAGGACAACGGCGAAGAAUAAAGAAACGAAACGGAAUGAUGUGAAAUAUAAAGAAAUAGCCACGCAAACGGACAGCGCAUUUUCGGACGAUGAUGUUGAAAUGACUCCCAUUGACGCGAAACUUUGCAACAAACGUACAAGUCGCAGGUUGCAUUUUAAUAUCAUGAAGGAUAAAAACGUGGAACGAGAAUUGAAUUACGUAGCAGACACUGAAGACUCCAACGAUGGAUUGCCGAAAAUUAUACGUAAACGAAUAUCACGUUCCAGUACAUCAUCGUCGUCGACGGAUCUUGGUUUUGACGAGCGUGCGUUAACAACCCCAGAUGUGGAUAUCGUGAUUGGACGAUCGCGUACGAACUCAUUGGAUAAUACGAAUAAUUUUCGAACGCGUUCUCGUCCUCCGCCUGGCUUUCCGGAAUUACCUCAGAAUCCACCGUUAUUGCCUUACAUCGGUAACAGUUCCAAACAUUUUAUAGUGCCACGACCAAACCCUGAUUGUCCUAACUGUUCGAUUGUGCCGCCAGCACCUUCGCCUAUGAGACAUCUCUAUUAUGACUAUCCUGAAUUUAUGGACUUACCUGUCAAUGUUAGUUCUUCGAAGAUCUUAAAUAAUAUUUUGAGGAACAACUACUACCGGUGAUAUUGUUAUACUAGAAAAAAAA